UCGGCUAUACUUACAAUCAGUUACAGAGAUGGAGCGAGUAAGACGUACCCUUAUCACACUCGUGUGUUUUUUGUUAUGUGGUCAUCGGAAAACAUUUGGGACAGAAGUGAAGAUCAAACUGAAACCAGGAGACAAUGUCACUGUCUUCGGUGAUUGUGUCGUACCAGUGGGUUCACACAUCUUUUGGAUUAGAAACAACUCAUAUGGGAAUCAAUCUAUUUCAUUGUUUGCCGAAGAUUUGUUUCAGGGAACAUUUCCACGUUUUCACUUUGUGGCAAACAGCUCCAGUAACUCAUUCGAUCUACAUAUUAAGAAUGCUAGUGUAUAUGAUGAAGGACUGUAUUACUGUGCAAAAGUAGAAAGAAAAAUUACAGAUGUAAAUGACAAGGUAAACAUCAAGCUGGAGUACCAGUAUGGAAACAGGAGAACCCAUCUGUCUCUCUUGGAACCAGUGCCUUCUGAGUCCACCCAUCCUGAAGUUUCUGAAUUACGCUGUAAUUGUUGGAUGCUGUUGUUGAGUGUGUGUUCAGUGUGUGUUCUCCUCUCUUCACUCCUCUCCGCUGCUUGUGUUUACUGCCUCUGUCGAACUCAAACUACAGGUCUAGAGUUAUUUUCAGAGAUAGACAAAGCAAAUAUUUCUAAGGUGGAUCCGACAGAGAGACAUCAGUGUGAGAUGAGUAAAACUGGAAAGUUCUGCCUCCAUUCUGAAGUCACAUAUAGACUAUUACCAUCUGCACAUCUGUAUCAGAAGAUGUGACUCUCCCUGUCAUGGCUCUGCUUCCUUAGUCAUGUUUUUCUUGGUCCUGUAGCAGAGCCAUGACAAAGUCUUUGGUUAUGUGUGGAGAGAAACAUAUUAUUGUCCGUUUGACAAUAAUAUACGUUCUCUCCAGUGUCUUGUCAUUCACCCCAUUCCUCUCGUUUCCUCGUUAUCUUUCCCUGAGUGUUUAAUGUCCCACACCUGCCCCAUGUCGUUAUCCCUCGAUAGUCUUCCCUAUUUAAACCCUCAUGUUUCUUUGUCCUGUGUUCGGUCAUUGUGUUUGGUUUCAUGUCGUGCUUACCGUCGUCUCAUGUUUGUGGUCCUGUUAUGGAUUCCCCUGUCUCAGUCAAGUAAGUGUUCAGUUUAGUUUAUGUCUAGUGUUGUUUAUCUCAGUUUAGUGUUAGUUAGUCUACGUUCUGUUAUUAUCCUGUUGUGUUAUUAUACCCCAUCGUGGGUCUUUGUUUUGUGGUUAUUUUCUGUUAAAUAAAGUCUUUUGUUAACCCCUUCAUCCCCGCUGCCUGCAAUUGGGUUCUUACCUGCAUAUCGUGACACUCCCUGCUUAGCUUAUGCAAAUUAAGUGGUAAACUGAGUGUACACCUUUAUGAUAUUUGGUAAAUCACAAAAAUUCGGAUGGGGUGAAAUUCGGUAUAGGAGUCUUUAUCCUCUUAAUUCAAUGCUAUUCUGUAUUGUUAUUCUUCAGCAUUAUUACACAUUUUAAUAUGACCCAUAUAAAUGUAUCAUUAUGAAAAGAACCCAAAUGUCAGCUAACAGCUUACAAGACUGUAUC